AUGGCGCUAGUGCUGGAUCCAUCCAGCCGUUAUGUGGCUCCAACAAACCUCAUGGAGCCUUCAGACUCCUUGCCCAUCUUCGAUGUGCAGCAGGUGCCGCUUCAUUUUCCCAUCGCGGCCGACUUUGUAGCUGCGCAGGUCGCCAAUAAUGUUCUGGUGCUGGCCCUCUCUACGAAUCGCAUUCUCCGCAUCGAUUUAGAUACCCCUCAGGAUAUCGAUGAUAUCGAGCUUCCCAAGAAGUCCUCAGAGAUUGGACUGAUCCGAAAAAUGUUUCUUGACCCUUCCGCAUCGCAUUUGAUUAUCAGUACAACCCUUGGAGAGAACUACUAUCUUCACACCCAAUCGCGACAACCUAAGGCCCUGUCUCGCUUAAAAAGCGUCUCUAUCGAAAGCAUUGCCUGGAACCCUUCUAUGCCAACGGCCUCGACGCGUGAGAUCCUCAUAGGUACAACAGAUGGAAAUAUCUACGAAACCUACAUCGAGCCCUCCACCGAAUUCUAUCGCCGGGAAGAGAAGUUCGUGUCAGCAGUCUACAGAGUACCAGACGCAUCGCCUGUUACUGGCAUCUGUGUACAGCCAAUCGCCUCUAGGUCUGACCAGAGGAGGGUGCUUGUGGCGACAUACGGGAGGUUGCUUCAUUUUAUCGGUCACGCCGGCCCUGUCAGGCAGGGCAGAGAGGGUGGGGGUUCUAUAUAUGCGGAUCUUUUCCAGCGAGAGACACCCUCGGUCCAUGAGGCAUCAAAUCCAUCUGCUACUGCGCCAUCAUCGCUAGCUGUCUCACCUUCUAAUGUUAGAGUUAUCCCUAGUGAAGGUUCCUCGGAGAGGGACUUCGCGUGGCUUAGCUCGGAAGGAAUCUACCAUGGCCAGCUCACGUCGGAUACACCAUUCGAAGAUGCAAAGUUGGUCCCGCGAUCGAAGUUCCCUGCGACCGAGUCUGCUCGUGGCGGGAGAAAAAUGAUCCAGGACCCUAUUACUGCAAUGACCUUGUCUCAAUGGCAUGUCCUCGCGCUAGUGGAAGGCCGAGUAGUUGCUGUCAAUCGGUUGAAUGGCGAAUUCGUUCAUGAACAGACUGUUAUGGAACCCAGGCAACCCACAUUGGGCUUUUUAACAGAUGUGACACAAGGCACCUACUGGAUUUUCACGAGCAAUGAGAUUUUCGAAGUCAGUGCAAAUGAUGAGGAUCGGGACGUUUGGAAGGUGUUUCUCCGAGAGCAGAAAUUCGAAGAAGCACUUCGGUAUGCUCGUGGCCAUGCUCAACGGGACGCCGUUUUGACUGCCUCCGGCGACUCCCUCGCCAAAGAGGGACGUUUUCUCGAGGCAGCAAAGGUAUGGGGUAAGAGCAGCAAAGGAUUCGAAGAAGUCUGCUUGACUAUGAUUGAUAACAAGGAGUACGAUGCGCUACGAAAAUACCUCCUUUCCCAGUUAUCGACAUACAAAAAGUCCUCUAUCAUGCAACGGCUUAUGGUCACCAGCUGGGUCGUCGAACUGUUCAUGUCAAAGCUCAACUCCUUGGAUGAUAAUCUCGCUACUAAAGCAGAGUUGGCUGAAGGCGCGACAACUGGUGAUAUCAAGGGUGAACUUGGUACAAUUCAGGAUGAGUUCCGGGAAUUCGUAACCAUGUACAAGGCCGACCUUGACAAAAAGCUUGUUUACGAUAUUAUCAGCAGCCACGGCCGCGAGGCUGAACUUCUGUUCUUUGCAACAGCCACCAAUGACUACAAUUACGUCCUGUCAUAUUGGGUCCAGCGAGAAAAGUGGACCGAAGCUUUGAAUGUCCUUCAGCGCCAAACCGAGCCAGAAGUCUUUUACAAGUACAGCAGCGUUCUGAUGACUCAUGCUGCAACAGGCUUGACGGCCAGUGUAUCUUUGAACCAGAACCAAGCCGUUCGUUACUUGAACUUUAUAAUCGUCAAUCACCCCAACCCAUCUGCAGCCGUUCAUAACACACUCAUCUCUCUCCACGCCUCUAGCUCGUCAACAUCUGAAGCAGGCCUUCUCACCUAUCUCCAAUCUCAACCCUCCUCUCCACCUCCAUACGAUGCAGACUUUGCUCUUCGGCUCUGCAUUCAACACGACCGAGUGCAAUCAUGCAUCCACAUAUACAGUGCCAUGGGCCAGUACCAGCAGGCAGUUGAACUCGCUCUGGAACAUGAUGACAUCGAACUAGCCGCCAUCGUCGCAGAUCGCCCCGAAGGCAACGACAAGCUCAGGAAGAAACUCUGGCUUCUGGUCGCGGAAAAAAAGAUCCGUCAGCCGGGUACGGGGAUCAAAGAAGCGAUGGAGUUCCUGCGCCGUUGUGAGCUCCUGCGCAUUGAAGACCUUAUUCCCUUCUUUCCUGACUUCGUGGUCAUCGAUGACUUCAAAGAUGAAAUCUGCGCCGCGUUGGAGGACUACUCGCGACGCAUCGACGAGUUGCGCCAGGAAAUGGAUAAUUCCGCGCUCACAGCUGGCCAGAUCCGCAAUGAAAUUGCCGGCCUAGAUGCUCGCUAUGCGAUUGUGGAACCGGGUGAGAAAUGCUGGAUCUGUGCGCUUCCUCUGCUGAGUCGCCAGUUCUUUGUCUUCCCGUGUCAGCAUGCCUUCCACAGUGAUUGUCUGGGUAAAGAGGUGCUGGAGGGGGCUGGAGGAAAGAAGAAGUAUAUUCGAGACUUGCAGGCGCUCCUAAGCAAAGGGGAUCUUCCAUCCGCCCGCCGAGAAGAGAUUGUGAAGGAGCUGGACGGGUUAGUUGCCGAGGCUUGUAUUCUUUGCGGUGAUCACGCCAUUAAGCAGAUUGACAAGCCCUUUAUUUUAGCAACUGACACGGAAGACGAGUGGGCCUUGUAG